AAUCGGGGCAUCAAUAACAACUUCAGCUACAACUGGACUAUCAACAACCACACCUGCAACAUCAACUGCUUCAGCGCCUGUUUACACUGUGUCAGCAGACUUACCAGACGAACCUUUUACAGUUGAGCUCACAAAUCCCAACAGCAACAGAUUCAGAGUGCUUGAAUUGGCAUGUGUAAUACCGUGUAUUCAAGUAUACCGUAUCAGAUUUGGAAAUAGAUUUAACACCUGCAAUGUGAGGAGAUUCAGGCCUAUUCCUGCGAGGACAAGAACGGUUGGAACUCAAGUAGAUCUUGGGAUUGUAUUCAAUAGGACUGCAGACUUGCCACCGAAUAGUGCUAUUGUUGAAACGUUAGUAGAUGCCGUGCAAAACAGUACCUUCAAUCUUACAAUGAAUGCCACUUCAAUCAGAGUAGCAGAUGGUCCAUUGCCUUCAACUGCUGCAACUACAACUGCUGCAACUACAACUGCUGCACCUGCAACUGCUGCACCUGCAACUGCUGCACCUGCAACUGCUACACCUGCAACUGCUGCACCUGCAACUGCUGCACCUGCAACUGCUGCACCUACAACUGUAGCACUCACAAAAAUUAAUGUGUCUUUUAGAUCUGUGACAAACACAUUCACAUCUGACUUGCUCGAUCCAGCAUCAGACACAUUUAAAAAUCGAACUUCACUGUUAAAGACACAGCUUGAACCCAUUUUCCAAACGGUAUUCCCUUCCUCCUUCAGGUUCAUAGAGGUGGUGUCAUUCAGUAAUGGAUCAAUCAUCAAUAACAUCACCCUUAACUUUCAAAAUACAUUUGUUCUUAAUAACACUGAGUUUGUGAGUGUUUUGCUCAGAGCGGCUUCGAAUAUCACCGGCUUUGACAUUGAGAUCAGCUCCAUCAUUGUGAAUGGCAUACCUUCGAGUGGAGUAAACCACAAGAUCAGUCUCCUCACUGCAUCCAUCAUGGUACUGUUGUCAUGGCUACUGUCAAGCCAGCAAUAGCAUCAGUGCUCCAUUUGAAAUGAACAGAAUAUGACUGCUAUCACUGGCAUGAAAUAGGACUUUUCUUUAACAUACUAUCAGACUGAGUGGACUCGGUGGAUAAGGAAAGUCUGUAGAACUUAGCAUAUUUCUAUGUGGAAAUGAAUGCCCAGAAUCCUGAGCUGAACAGAAUGACACAGCACCUUUUCCACUGACUCUAUUGAGUCAAACCAUAAAAUAACACAUUAUAUUAAGCACUGAAAAGUCAGAAAAUAAGAGCACUGUUAAUACUUAAUGUCUUUUAAAUGAAUAUAUUUUUGAAAAAACUUGAAGCAGGGAUACUGCUGUUACUUUUAACUUAAUUCUGUAGUCCCCAAAUGCAUUUAUAAUUCAUGUUUAGGUUUUACCUGAUUGCAUAGCAGCAUAACAUGACAUAGCGACCUAAUAAAUGCCACAGAGAGCAUAUUGUAGCAUUAUAGUGGACUGCACACCCCAAUCGUGAACCAAUGCAUAAAAGGCUUUUGCAAACAUGAAGUCCUCACUGCAUCCUUCAUGGUACGCUUGUCAUGGCUACUGUCAAGCCAGCAAUAGCACUGAGUCCGACCAUAAAAUAACACAUUAUCUUAAGCCCAGAGAAGUCAAAAAAUAAGAGCACUAUUGUACUUUUAAUGUCUUUUAAAUCAGUCUAUUUUUUUAAAUAUACAAGUUAAGAUGCUGCAGUUUCUGUCAUCUCCAAAUGUAUUCAAACUUUUUAAUUUUAAAUUUUACUUUCAGCACUGUCAGCUGUCUUAUUGAUACAAAGUAUUCAUGUAAUCACACAUAACUGUAUUCUGUGAGAAUUUGUGUACAAUUUCUGUCAGCAAUGAUCAGAAUAC